ACGAAACUGUAUACGUUCAAUACUUUGCACCCGAAACUGAAUAUUUUGUAUAUCGUGUGCAUACGUUCUAUAUAAUUAUACAUUAUUCAUCCCGCCUUGUCUGAACGAGGAAUUGUAUAUUUUCUCUGAACGAAGAUUCACCUGAAUUAAAAAUGCCUGACCCAUGUAACUGCAAGACAACGGGAAAUUGUCUGUGUUCAGACACCUGUCCUUCCACUGGGUGUAAUUGUGGUUCUGGGUGUAAAUGUGGAGCCGGCUGUAAAUGUCCCGGAUGUCAGAUUGUUUGUAAAUGCAACGGUACCUGCGCAUGCGGAGUAGGGUGUACUGGACCUGACACUUGCAAAUGUGCUGCUGAUUCGGGAUGUAGCUGCAAAUAGUGAAUUAAUGGUCGCCUGAAAAGUCAUCAUUCAUUUGUAAAUAGUGUACAUAACAAUCAACGCACAUUCUUCACGAUCAAAAUGUGUUUUGUUUUUAUUUUAGUGAGGUUGUUAGAGUGCAUUGGUUUCAUUGUUUCAACUUUACACUCUGAUUUUUCAUGAAUAAAGCAAUUUAAGUAUC